AUGAAUGAAAACUUCAGUGACGGAGCUGGAAGGAGGGAAAAGGGAAAAAGAGAAGGAGGAGGCAGUGGCAGCCAGGCGGUCAUCGUGAGCGUACACCAACCAGGCUGCUCAUGUGCUGUCCAGGGGAACGAAAGAGGCAUCAAGCCCAGGAAUGACACAAAUGACAUCAUUAUCAUCAUCCGUCCCUCCCUCCUCCUGUUCUCACACUCACACCUUCGUCGGCUGAUUCGCGCGGCUGCAUCCGAGCUUCUGGAUUCCACUCGCUUCCAGUUUCAAGCGUUCAUUCAACAGAACCCAAGGCCGGUCAACGACUGGCUGGGUACCCAAAGAACACCAGGCCAAGCACCGACCAGCUCCCAGUGCCCAGGAGCGGCGCCUGGGGGCCACGGCGACAGCCUCGACUCCCUAAAGACUCAAGGAACCGUACACGGUUCCCUGGCGGCGCUGCGAGGCCGCUGGGCAGCCCAGAUCGCCCGAGUUCCUCUGCCAUCCGUGAGCCGACAUCACCCAUACCUUGAUGUGUUCUCCAGGUCGCCGUCAAGCCUCCCACCCGGUAAACCCGCCAUCGCGCCGUCCGCUCUAGGAAUCUGGGAGGCUUGCUUAGCUCUAUGGCCCGAGGACGCGCACGCGCACACGCGCGAGGCGGGGGCGGCGGGGAGCUGCAGAUUUAACCCCUGA